UCGACCACAUGAAGCCACCCUCUGCACAGGCCUAUAAAUACCCAUGGAUGGUAGCUACCUAGGUAGCCCGGCCACCAGUCAAACAACAAUGGCGGCGGCGGCAGCGGCUGAAGCAGCUGCAUCCCUCAAACGGCGCUCCAUCCCUAGCAGUAGCAGCAUCAGCAUGCUGACGCGGUUCCACGCCGGCUACUUCCGCAUCAGCCUGGCGCUGAGCGGGCAGGCGCUGCUGUGGCGCACGCUCACCGGCGACGGCGACGGCGACUCCUCAUCAUCGAGCACACCGAUGGUGCGGUCGCUGCCCUCCGCCGCCUUCCUCCUUCUGUGGUCGCUGGCGCUACUUGCUUUGGUAGCCCUCGCGGCGCUGUACGCCGCGCGCUGCCUGCUCCGCUUCCCCGCCGUGCGCGCCGAGUUCCGCCACCACGUCGCCAUGAACUACCUCUUCGCGCCCUGGAUCUCGUGCCUGCUGCUCCUGCAGUCGGCGCCGCCCUUCCUGCGCCCCGCCGCCGCGCCCUACCGCCUGCUCUGGUGGGCCUUCUCGCUGCCCAUCCUGGCGCUUGACGUCAAGGUCUAUGGGCAGUGGUUCACGCGGGGCCGCAAGUUCCUCUCCAUGGUCGCCAACCCGGCCAGCCUCAUCACCGUCAUCGGCAACCUCGUCACCGCCAGGGCCGCCGCCAAGAUGGGAUGGCACGAGGCCGCCGUCGCCAUCUUCGCCGUCGGCGCCGCGCACUACCUCGUGCUCUUCGUCACGCUCUACCAGAGGUUCCCCGGCUCCGACUCGCUGCCGGCCGUGCUGCGGCCGGUCUUCUUCCUCUUCUUCGCGGCGCCCAGCAUGGCGUCGCUCGCCUGGGACGCCAUAGCAGCCUCCUUCGACACAUGCUGCAAGAUGCUAUUCUUCGUAUCCCUCUUCCUCUUCGCGUCCCUGGUUUCCCGGCCGGCGCUGUUCCGGCGUGCGAUGCGGCGGUUCAGCGUGGCGUGGUGGGCCUACUCGUUCCCGGUGACGGUGCUGGCGCUGGCGUCGGCGGAGUACGCGCAGGAGGUGCGGCAGGCGGCGGCGAACGCGCUGAUGCUGGCGCUGGCCGUGCUGUCCGUGGCCGUCACCCUCGCGCUCAUGCUCUUCAGCGCCCUCCGCACCGCCGACCUGCUGCCGCACGACGACCCCUUCGACUGCCCCCACCUACCUAUGUAAAAAGCUAGCUAGCUUAGCUUCUUGACCGGCCACAUACACAUGCAGCUAAUGCUUGCUCCAGAUAUACCUGUAUGUAUGUGUGUAUGUGUGUGUGUAUCGUACGUAUGUAUGUGUAUACAAAUAGUAAUUUGGGA